AUGACCUUCCACAAUACCAGCAACGAAACCAUCGUGCAAAGCAACUCACAAUACGCCGCAUGGAUCAUGAUCCCGGUGACCCUGACCACCCUCACAGCCAAUAUCCUUCUCAUCCUGGUGUAUAUUAAAUUCGGGCGCUUGCAAACGCCCUUUGCCGUCUACAUCGUCAGCCUGGCUACCGGUGACCUGGCACAGACCCUCACCGUGCACAUUCACAGUAUCUUCACACUUAUGUCCAUUUGGCCGCUGGGUCAGCCCUUUUGCACGUUUAUCCUGUACACGUGCUGGGUGUUCCUGUCCUUCUCUUAUCAUAUGCACGUGUUGAUUUGCACGAAUCGUGUAUGGGCCGUAAUGUUCCCCACACACUACCGGAUGUACCACAAUAAAAAGGUUGCACUGUGCCUGGUACUGGGCAUGCUUCUAUACUUGAAUGCAUGGACAUUGCCGGGAUUCGUUAUUCAUGUGCUGUACUAUUCUGGUUCGGAUGGAUCGCCACUGUGCAUACCGAGUUAUCCGCAUGAACUUGCCUGGUCUAAUCCGAAUUAUGUGGCCAUGUAUUUGGUGCCGGAGGCGCUGGUGUUAGUGAUGUACCCGGUGAUCCUGUUUAAAAUUAGAGGAAAGAUCAAGUUCCGAAUGAAUAUUUUACCGUCUCUACGUUCCAGUCAGCACAAUACAUCGGGUUCCCUUAAUACUGGGAAUGACAAAAAGCACCAUAGUUCCGCUCCGCGCCCCCACUUUGCCAUGCUCACGGCGCUGGUGAUGGUGGCGGUUAUGUGCUGGACACCAAUUAACACGGCCUAUGUCUUAGUGUAUUUCCAGGGAAUUCUUCUUUACAGUCUCAUGACACCGUGCACGGUGGUCUUCUUCUUGGAUGCGCUGUUGAAUCCCAUGAUUUUUCUCAUUGCUUCCCGCGAAUGGCGAGAUGCGCUGAAGAAACUGUUUCACUGUUAG